AAGAAACCCUACAACUAACGCCGUCAACAACGUUAUUGACUUCCCAUUUCGAUUACUAGGUACCCAGUAUAGUGGAAGAGAAUUUGAAAGAAUUUAAUAUGGGGAAGUCUAAAACUCUUGAGUCAUUUUUUAAGAGAAAAGCCACUGAGAAUCCUGAAGUUGGUGAAUUGUCUUCUAUCUCUUCAUCAACUAAACCAUUGAUCAAUGAUGAACAACAUCAAUCUAAAAUGUCAAGAGUGGAAAAAGAAGAAGUUGAUAUUUCUUUACUAGAAAAAGAUCCGGGAAUGCGCCCUCCAAUUUGGCAAUAUCCUGUUGACCAAUGUGAUGAAAUUCGAAAAUCUUAUAUAAAAAAUGGACCAUAUCAGCCUUGCCUAACCAAGUAUCCAGCUUCGGGUAAACAUCCUCGCCGCUUUCAAUUUUCUUGGUUUCAAAAAUUUCCUAGCUGGUUGGAAUACUCACUCGAAAAAGAUGCUGCAUUUUGUCUACCAUGCUAUUUGUUCAGUAACAAUUCUGCCAGUCGAAAUAAUGGACAAGAUGCAUUUACAGAUAAGGGAUUUCGAGCUUGGAAAAAAGUCGGUGGAAAGAAUUGUGCUUUCCUUAGCCAUAUGGGAUCUUCUCCUAAUUCACUACAUAAUGUUUGUGUGAAACGUUGUGACGAUUUGAUGGCUCAAACCCAACGUAUAGAGAAUGUCUUCAGGCAAUAUGAGCAAAUUAUUGCAAAUAAUCGUUUAUGGCUGAAGGCUUCAGUCAUGGCUGUUCGGUGGCUCACAUUUCAAGGAUGUGCUUUUGGAGGUUAUGAUGAAAACUUCAACUCAUUGAAUAGGGGUAAUUUUAUUGAAUUGAUUGAGCUUUUAGCAUCUUGUAAUCAAGAUAUUUCUAAUGCCCUUCAAAAUGCUCCUGAAAAUGCUCAAUAUAUUUCACCUAGCAUCCAAAAAGAAAUCUUGUGUAUUUUUGCUAGAAGGAUACGUGCUGCUAUUUGUGAAGAGAUUGGUGAUUCUAAAUUUUGUCUUAUAAUUGAUGAAGCUAGAGAUGAUUCAAAUCAAGGACAAAUGGCUGUGGUUUUCAGAUUUGUGAGUAAAGAUGGAUAUGUUCAAGAGAGAUUCUUUGAUAUUGUUCAUGUUUCAGAUACUUCAUCAUUGACUUUGAAAAACAAAAUUGAUGGAGUUCUUUCCAGUCAUAAUCUUAGUAUCCAAAAUCUUAGAGGCCAAGGAUAUGAUGGUGCAAGUAAUGUGCGUGAUGAAUGGAAUGGAUUGCAAGCUUUAUUCUUAAAGGAUUGUCCUUAUGCAUACUAUAUUCAAUAUCCUGCUCAUCGGUUUCAAUUGGCAUUAAUUGCUGCAGCUAGAGAAGUUAGCUCAGUUCAUCAUUUUUUCACUAAGCUAGAGUUGAUUGUUAAUGUUGUGACUGCUUCUCCUAAAAGAUUUGACCAGUCAAGAUUUUCCCUUGCUCCUAAUACUGUAAAUCAAAUCGCUAAUCAAGAGAUUCAAAUAGGGAGUGAACAUAAUGAAGUAGAUACUUUGCAAUGGGCUGCAGACACUAGAUGGGGCUCUCAUUUGAAUUCUAUUCAAAGCUUACUAUGCAUGUUUGAGGCUAUUUGUGAAGUUCUUCAAAAGACCUCUAAAGAAGGUAAUUAUUCUCUUCGUGGUGAUUCUGUUCUUGCUUAUGAUGCUAUCAAUUCAUUUGAUUUCAUCUUUCUCUUACAUCUUAUGAGAGAUCUCUUGGAAAUUAGUCACGAUCUUUGUCAAGCUUUAGAAUGUAUAAGUCAAGAUAUCUUAAAUGCCAUGACUUUAGUGUCUACUACAAAAAAUUUGAUUCAAAGAAUGAAAGAAUUUAGAUGGGAGGAUCUUCUAAAAGAAGUCAUAUCAUUCUGUGAAAAACAUGAAGUUAAUGUUCCUGAUAUGAAUGCUCGUUAUGCUCCUGGAAGAGGUCUAUGUCACUCAGAUGUUGAAUAUGUUUCAAUAGAACACCACUAUCGUGUCAAUUUGUUUAUUGCUACUAUAGACACCCAGUUGCAAGAGAUAAAUAGCAGAUUUAACGAGAAUACUGUGGAGUUGCUUACUCUUAGUGCUGCCUUGGAUCCAAGAGAUAAUUAUAAAUUACUAAAUGUUGAUCACAUUUGUGAAUUGGUGACUAGAUUUUAUCCUGAAGAUUUCACAGAACAAGAGAAAUUACAUCUUAGAAUACAGGCAGAGGAAUAUGGGCUUGAUGUGCCUCAACAUUCUAGGUUGAAACACUUAUUGGCAAUUUCUGAGUUAUGCCAAGGAUUAGUAGAAACAGGAAAAUCUGAGAUUUAUCAUUUGAUUUAUCGUUUACUUCGCUUGGUAUUAACUCUUCCUGUUUCAACCGCUGCAAAUGAGAGAUCAUUUUCAGCUUUGAAUAUGGUAAAAAAUAGGCUCGGAAAUAAGAUGGAAGAUGAGUUUCUAGCUGACUUUUUAGUCACGUGUAUUGAAAGAAAUAUUGCUGAAAAGUUUGACUUUGAUUCAAUCAUCGAUGAAUUUAUCGACAUGAAAGAGCAUUGUGCUUAACUUCGAUGGAGGUGUGAUACAACUACUUUUUCAAGUAAGAAACUUUUAUUUUAAUAUCUCGGUCUCCUUAAUUGACAAGUUCGUGAUCGUGACUGAUAGAAAUGGAGACUCUUUUAACAUUCCCCGUUGUUUGUGAGAGUUGUAUUAAUAAAUUUGAUCUCUAAUUUAUAACUUUUUCUUUGUUUCAACGAUGAAAUGUUAUACAGUUGAGUUGUGUCAAAUGUAACGUGGUCAAGCAGUAGGAACUUUUUGUUCUUGGAUAGAUAUCAGUGAGGAACAUAAUCUUUUAGGAGGGGAUUGGGAUACAGAUAUCUAAGAUGUCCAAGCAUCUAAUGUCUCUA